AAAAGAAAACGCAUCAUGAUCAAAGACCGCUUAAAGGAACUGAAAGGGAUUGCAUCCAAUGGAGAUACAUCAGAAGUCGAUGGGGCAGAGGAUUAUGUUUGUGUCGAUUUGCCCACUGAAAAAGGUCCCUCGUUUAUUGAACCAUUAAUUAAAAGGUAUGUCGACAUUUUAAAGGAAUUUGAGCUAAUGAGAGAAAAUAUCAACAAAUUAAAAUCCAUGUUGGAAGCGAAAAACUCUCACCUAUUCAAUGAGGAUGAAUUCACUAAAGUUCGCCAGACAAACCUACAAAUUAGCAAUCGUUUGAUAGAUCGAUUUAAAAAACUUGAAUCGAAGCUUCCCAAGGCAAAUGAUUUUCGAACUCAGGCCCGCAUGCAAAGAGCUCUUUACUAUGGAUAUUUUCACGAAUAUGCUGUGUUGUGGACCCAACACGAAGAGGUUCUGCAAAAGUACGAACACAAUUUGAAGAGAAAUCUACAAAUGCAGUCGAAAAUUUUGAAUUGUAACCUGACUGAUGAGGAAAUUGAAACUUUGAUUGAAAACAAACAAACUAGUCUGUUAAUGGAUAAUAUUUUAGCCGACACCGAGGAGACCAAAAAACAACUAAAAGAAAUAAAAGAUCGUUUAGACGAUCUAUUGAAAUUGGAGAAAUCCAUCGGCGAAGUACAUGGAUUAUUCUUGCGUCUACAGAAUUUGGUUGUGGAACAGGGUGAAGUAAUGCAAAGCAUUGAAAAACAUUUUGAUGAUGCUCGUGACCAUAUCGCUGAGGGUAAUGCACAGAUUAAGAUAGCCGUUGCUCUGCGCAAGAGAAAUAUUGUUACCAAAACUAAAUUAAUUAUUAUUGGUGGAAUUUUGUUGCUGCUUAUCUUGCUGUACAUCAUCAACAGUUUCCACUGUUUUAUGUUCUGCAAGAAAAAGAAAUAAUCAACGAGGAUCAUGCUAUGAUUAUUGACAAUUCUGUAGACAUUAAGAAAGCGAGAAUAAACGAUUUUUAAAAAAUAA